CGCUUUUUGGUUUCUUGGCGCGGGGGCUCGCACUGGAUGUGCAGCAACGCUUUGUUGGUGCCUUUUUGCGCGGUACAACAGGGACUGCGUCAGCAGACGGCAGACAGCAGAGAUCUGUCAUCAAUCUGCCCAUAUGAUCAUGCCGCGCAGUGUGCUCAAGCUCUGGCUCUCUGCAGCCCUCUUUCUGGUGCCUCCGCCCGCCACAGCCCGCCUGCUGUCGCCCGAUGGCGAGCGAUCCUUCCUCACGACGCGUGGGCCUCGCACGAGGAGAUGGGGCUGGAGAUCAUGGGCCUUGACCUAAGCCAACCACUGCCAGGCAAAGUGAAGAGGGAGCUGCGGAGACUCAUCCACGAGUAUUCGGUCCUGCUGUUCCGCGGGCAAAACCGCACAUGCCACCAUGGUGAGCAGACACUCUCACGCAGGCACUCCUAAUGGUUCGAGUGCUGGUGUGUGUGUUGGUGCAGAGGCGGAUUUCCUGCGCAUUUUCCCCCACAACGAGACUGCAUACGAGCUGGGCGAACGAGGAGCAGGUGUGUACGUCUGCACACCACGUACCCAUGCAGGCAGCCAGCCACCCAGCCAGCGUGUGUGUGUAUGGUGUAGGCUCCACUAGCAAUCGUAUCGGGGGCAUUCUGGGCUGUCCGCACACCGUCGCUGAGUUCAAGGCGCCUUAUAGGAUAUCGGAAGACGAAGAACGGAAUCGGAAGUACUGGUUCGGCCACAGCUGGCACUGUGAUGAGGCCUUCAAAGCGGUUGCGCCUCCCCUCUACACCGCAAGUAGCAAGAACAGAAGCAAAGGGCUGGUUAAGGUCUCUAGCUGUGGAUGUAUCUCCUCUCCUCUCCUCUCCUUUCUUUGGGUGCAUUGCUGCCUGCAGUUUCGAUGAAGGUAGCCGCCGCCACUGGCGGCGAGACACUUUACAUCGACUCGCGCAAGGCCUACGAGCAGACACGCCGAGAGCUGAAAUCCAUCAUCGACAAAGCACGGGUGGGUGAGCACGGAUGAUGGACGAGUGGACAUGGGAGUGUCGCCCUUGUUUCUGUCUGCUGCAGCUCGAAUACUACGUCAUCGAUAAGAAGUUCGGCGCAGAAUUGCAUGACACCGGGAGACACCGAAUGGAUAACAUGACCAACGCGCGCCUGAAGGCCAUGCAGUCGGACUUGCCAGCCAUCCCGUCCGGGGUACACCCGCUCGUCACUCAGGUAUGGUCAGGAGUGUGUGUGAGAUGACGAGCAUGUCCGGUUGAUUUGGCUGCUCUCAUGUCCAACCAUGCGGUGUGUACUGUACAGGACCCUCGCACUGGCCGCCGCUCUAUCUAUGUGACCCCUGAGGCUGCGUAUGCCUUCAGCGGCUACACACCGCAGGAUACGCACCGCAUCCUCCACGAGGUUAGUGCAAUCCGUUGACGCACACACUUCUACGCAUGCAAGGCAGAUUGAUUGGUACGCUGAUCAGGUCCUGUCACCUGCAAUCAGUGCUGAAAAUGUAUACGUCCACGUAAGCAGUCGUCCAUCAGCACACAGCCGACACAGGGAGCUUGGAUGCAUGUGUGCCGUGCCUUCAUCGCGUUGUGUGUGUGCACAGCAUUGGCGAGCGGGCGAUAUUUUGGUGUGGCCCCAGCGUCAGGUCAUCCACAGCUACACGCCCAAGAGCCGAUACGAGGGCCGAGAGAGGCACUUUCACCAGCUCCACGUGCCGGCACACCUUCCCGUUUUCCCAGCCACUUAGAGUGGGGGCAUACACUGUAUUGAUGCCAUUGGGGGCUGUGUGUGCGCACGUUUGUGUGUAUGGCUGUAUGUGUGUGUGCACGAAUCACCACUUUCGAUGGUCGAUGGUUCCUUCGGCCAUCCAGCCGAUCUUGCGCAGUUCUGUCUUCCUUGCCCCCUCCCUCUGUCGUUGUGGAUGUUUUUAUGCAGUCUACCGCUCAUAGUUUCCCCGGUCGGUCUUUAUCAGUGAUCCAUCCAUUCGGUCUCUGUGUGUGCGGAAGGGGUGGCUUUACGGCAGGGGAUCGAUGCAUGCAUUUUGCCUGGAUGCCGGAGUGCUAUCUCCGAGUUUUGUGUGUGUCGUCGAGCGGGUGAGUGUUUGACUGCUGACCUGUUCUAGCUGCCUUACACCGGGCUCCUUGUCUGAUGGGGAAACCUGCCUCGUCUGUGUCUGUCUAAGUGUGUGUGUGUGUGUGUCAUGCGAAUGCGAGGCUCGAAGGCCACCCGAGCCUGAGCCCGUCUGUGUGUGUUCUCUCUCUCUCUCUCUCUGUGUGUGUGUGUGUGUGUGUGUGUUUGUGCAUGUCUUGCUGGCGUGCCCUAUUUUGCUACAUGCUGUAUGUGGAGCCAGUGCACCAUCGAUCCAUCGCCCUCUCGAAUGUCUGUUUGCAAACGCACAUGUCAGCCAGCAGUUUGGGGUGUUUUACCGCCAGUUUGUUUUGUCCCAUGCAUUGCAUUCAUUGAUGGGUGGAUGGGAUGCAGUCUGUAGUGCGUGCGUACGUUUGUAUGACCAUCUUUCUCUCAUCCUGGCACGGCGAGCAAGCAGGCAAUCCGGCAGGCAGGCAGGUAGGCAGGUAGGGAGGCACAGUGGUGUUUUGUGUCUGGUUGUUUGCUACCAGUGGGCUCUUUGCCAUGGAUGUGAGUGGUGUCAGUCACGUGUGCGGAAGGGACCUUAAUUGCGUCACCUUUGUCCUAGCAUGCACCUCUUGCGCCAUCGACCAGCCGCCCCUAAUUACUUGGGGCGUUUUUGCGAUGAAUGAAUCUUUCCUAUGUGGCGAGUGCGUAGGUCGGUUGCUCCAUGCUGCUGCCUGAAGUGAAGUGCGUGCUAAUACUGGCACGAGUGUGUCAAAAUGGCAAGAGCUCAAAGAGCUACUGGCUGCGUCUGUGUGUGGCUGUAUGUGUGUGUGCACGAAUCACCACUUUCCAUGGUCGAUGCUUUCUUCGGCCAUCCCGCAAAGCAUCGACCAUCCCGCCGAUCUUGCGCAGUUCUGUCUUCCCCGCUCCCUCCCUCUGUCGUUGUGGAUGUUUUAGUAUGCAGCCUACCGCUCAUAUUUCUCCCGGUCGGUCUUUAUCAGUGGUCCAUCCAUUCGGUGUCUGUUGCGCGGGAGGGGUGGCUUUGUGGCAGGGAUGGAUGGAUGCAUUUUGCCUAGAUGCCAGAGGGCUAUCUCCGAGUUUUGUGUGUGUCGUCGAGCGAGUGCUGACCUGUUCUGUCUGCCUUGCACCGGGCUCUUUGUCGGAUGGGGCCCUGUGUGUGCGUACGUCCGUGCGUGAGAGAGGCGAGGGGGGCUCUGUGUGUCUGUGGGGUGAGUUUUGUGCAGUCCGUAAUACGCACGUUUGUGUGACUGUCUUUCCAUCACUCGUGCUGGCAACCAGGCAGGCAGGAUUGGUAUAUGACGUGUCACGUGUGUGUGACCUUCAUUGCUGUCAGUGUCCGUUGAGCUUUGUCCGCCGUGCGAUGUGACCCAGGGAGAAUGGCAUGUUUAUCCUAGCACCUGUUGCACCAUCGACCGGCCGUCUUACCUGUGGCGUUUCUGUGAACGCAUCGCGGCAGUCAAGCUUUUGUAAGGGCUCAAGGAGCUCUCCAUGUGUCGGCUAAUGCAGCGGCAGGUGUCCGUGUAUAUGUCGGCUAGUGAUGGAUGAGUCUGCCUGCCUUUAUGCGCAGGUCGGCUCUUGGGCUGCUGCCUUGCGGUUGGGUGUUGUGAGUGCCAAACGCUUCAGAAGCUGAUGAGUGCGUCUUUUAUGUGCUUGACCCUCGUUUGCGUGUGUGUGGAUAUGGACAUGGUGGAGUGAGGGCAAAAUGACGUGAACCAGCCGACCACAGUCCUUCUCGCUCCCGCAAUCCAAUCGCCCACCCACCCAUACCACCCAUACCACCCCUCCCUCCCUACCAAGGGCACGUGCGCACAUGUCUGUGUGUGGUCAACACACGUUGCUUCCCCUCGACUGAGAGGAACGACACGAUCCGUUGUGUAGAAGGGGAAAGGCUGCACUUGUGGCAUGGUUCAGUGA